UCAGCCUGCUCUCCUACAAUUCAACAAGCAACAAAUGCAAGAGAGAGAGGAAGAGUCCGUCAGAAAGUAUUAGAAAAGACAGAAAAAAAAUAGAUUGUUGUUGAAAAAUUACAAUACAGCAUAAUAAACAGCCAUAGAUAAAACCUGGGAACCAUUCCAACGCACUUUUAUUUUGUUUUGCUAGCUAGAUACGGUAGCUCCUUCCACGAUAUGCUUGUGACUGCUAAGCUAAGUAGCUAGCUCAGUUCUAUCUUCUAAAAUACAUUUUCAAAUUUAGGUCAAACCCAAUUCAAGUGUACAUUACCACGAAUGCAGAUGGUAAUCUAACGAAGGGAUGAGUGCUGUGCAGUGUAUAUGACCAGCUGUCUCCAGCCUGAUGGGAGGACUCUGUGGAUAGCAGCAUCUUCAUCAGGACCCCAGGAGGAGAGCAGCCAUCCCAUCCCAGUCUCAUGUCCCACACCCCUUCCCUGCCAAGGAGGGCCGUUCAGAAUGAAGAAAAUCAGCCUUAAGACCAUCUGCAAGUCCCUCAACAUCAACAAGGGCAAGGAAGAAGGAGGGGGGGAUUUUGUCAUGCUCCAGCAGCCCUCGCCAGCGGUCGACUUCUCCAAGGAAGACUCUCUUUUCAGGGGCUGCUACACCAAAGAGCUGGCGGGCUGCGACCUUGGAGGUGGUGGAGGAGUUGAAGAAGAGGAGAAGGCGGGACACAACAAGGGCCGUUCUAAGAGCGAGAGUCUGAUGGGUUCUCUGAAGAGGAGGCUGUCGGCCAAGCAGAAGGCCAAAGUCAAAGGGGGCUCCACAGCCAUGGGGUCAGUUGACGAUGACGAUACCUUCUCCUCCUCCUCUGUGCCCAUCAGCUUCAACGAGGUCAAGGCCCAUCGGCCAUUACGAUCGGCAUCCCUCCGCAGCCACCAUUACAGCCCCUCUCCCUGGCCCCUGCGGCCUGUGAACUCAGACGAAGCCUGCAUCAAGAUGGAGGUGAAAGUUAAAGCCAUGGUCCACUCUCCGAGCCCCAGCCCCAACUUGAAUGGUGUGCGGAAGGAUUUCCACCACCAGGACUUCCAGAUGGAGGGCAUCUUUCAGGAGCAGGCCGUGAAGAACCUCCAGGAGCAGGCAGAGUCCCUGAAGAACCUCCAGCAGCCCCAAAACGGAGACCAGAACAUUGACGAACACGUGCCUGUAGUCUUGGGCUUCACGCCGCAGGACUACAUCCAGUACACUAUGCCUUUAGAGGAGGGAAUGUACCCAGAGGGGUCCCACUCUGUCUCUCACUCCUUCUGCCUGGACGGGUCCCUGCCUAUGGAGGUGGUGACUGAAGCGGACAGUAGCUCUCUCCACGCUGAUCAGCAGAGUCAGGAAGACCAGGAUCUGGUGAGUAUGAACCUGAACCUGCCAGUGGACCUCUUCAUGGAGUCUGUGAACGGCCUCCUCAUCGGCUCUAACGGCGUCAUGCUCCAGAGCUCCAGGGACAGGGUCGAUGCCCAACACCCCCCUCCUCCCCCCCUGCCCCUGCUACCCAGCAACGAGAUCCCUAGGACUUGCUCUGGGUUCAGUGUUGCGUACAGCCACGUGGCGGAGCGGGUGAGGCACCACUUGAACUUUGACCCCAACUCUGCUCCGGGCAUGAGCCUGGUGUAUGACUCAGUCCAGAGCAGCGGACCCAUGGUUGUGACCAGCCUGACCGAGGAGCUGAAGAAGCUAGCCAGGCAGGGUUGGUACUGGGGGCCCAUCACACGCUGGGAGGCUGAGGAGAAGCUGGUCAACCUGCCCGACGGCUCGUUCCUGGUCAGGGACAGCUCGGAUGACAGGUACCUCCUCAGCCUUAGUUUCCGCUCCCAGACCAAGACCCUCCACACCCGCAUCGAACACUCCAACGGACGCUUCAGCUUCUACGAGCAGCCCGACGUGGAGGGACACACGUCCAUCGUAGACCUGAUAGAAUACUCCAUCAAAGAUUCGGAGAAUGGAGCCUUUUGUUAUUCUAGAUCUCGCUUACCAGGGUCCGCCACCUACCCCGUCAGGCUGACCAAUCCCGUGUCUCGUUUUAUGCAAGUGCGCUCCCUUCAGUACCUGUGUCGGUUCGUGAUCAGACAGUACACCAGGAUUGACCUGAUUCAGAACCUGCCUUUGCCCAACAAGAUGAAAGACUACCUGCAGGAGAAGCACUACUGACAGGGUUGACACUGACAGAUGGGACAGACAAUGGUAGCAACUUGCACUUUUGGGUUCAGUUUAAGAGAUUUAACAAAGGUUUACAGACAUCCAUCGUUUAGACAAGAUCGAUUGGGUUACAUUGGCUCUUUGUUUUUGCCCAGGGAAGUGUCCAAAAUGGAACCCUAUUUCGUAUGUUGCGCAGUACUUCUGCCAAAAACACUGGCUAUAAGUAGUGCAAUAAAUUGGUAAUGGUGAGCCAGUUCAGAUUUGCCAGUCCCCAAUUCCACAGUUAACGGGUUAAGUCGUUGUCGCUCAGACUCAGUUUCUGGCCAAACCUCCAGAGAUCUAUCAUAGAAUAUUGUAUACGAGUCUGUCACAGAAGUACAAAGCAUGAUUUAAGAAAACAUACUUUAUCAACAGUGAGAUAUGGAGUUAUUUCUCUCUCCAGUUGCUGUAGAAGACUGGAAACUCUAGAAUGGCAUGUUCAGCCGUCUGAAUAACAUCAAUAUUUUGCCUUCUGGCUCAAAUUUACAGAUUUAAAAUAAGGUUUCACUUAACUGGCUUAGGUUUGACAUCUUAAAAGGCUGCAGUGAAUUAAAUGAAAGAAAUAAAUGAGCUUAUUUUAGAGCGUGAUUCUUUUGACGCUUCAUUUAAACAUUUACUUGAAAGAUAUCCAACAACAACGCAGUGGGGCAUAUCUUCGGUGUCUUAAACUGAAGUAGAAGCACUGCAGUAAUGCAAUGCAGAGGCCAAAAGUAUUUUUAAGCAAUGUUUUUGUUGAAUUCACCCUGUGAAAUUAAGAGGACCUUUUUUUAUUUGCCAUCCGUCAAGUUGGUUACUGACAACUGCUAGGCCUAAUAAGAAACGUAAGCUUUGUGUGGGUGCAUGUAGCCUGGACUAUUUAAUCCCGCCCACUGUAAAAGGUACUGUUAGGAUUAGUGAUGCACCGAUAUGACAUUUUUGGCCGAUACCGAUAUCUGAUAUUUUCCUUACCAAAAAAACAUUGAUACCGAUAUUUCACAUUUUGUAGCCUUUUUAAGCAUUCUAGAACAGUUAAAUAGUUAACACACACACACACACACAUGGGCGCAGCUGUCUAAGGCACUGCAUCUCAGUGCAAGAGGCGUCACUACAAAAUUGGUAUUUACGUAUGUCCCCAUUACCAGUAAAACAUAAUCAAAACCUAUUUCUUUCUCUUACUUGAUGUGCUGUUUCGUUGUUCAUUUGUUUAUUCCUUUCAUUCUCAACCAGGAUUUCUAUGGAACGCUAUUUGGGCCUUUGCAUGUCAAAAAUAUACUAUUUGAUAUCAAAUAACACUAUUUGAUGUGUCAAAUUAGCUUGUUGACCAAUCAGGACCUGAAUAUGACUGCAUGUCACAAUAAUUUGACGUGUUCAUACAUUUUCUACGUAGUUAUUACACAUUAAUUACACUAUCACUCGUAUUUCAUGUCACAAUAAUUCAUUGAUACGUAUGCUAUGAUGCUGGUAAAGUUGAUUCGCGCACCUACAGUGCUGGUCAUAAAAAAAAGCUAGCUAUCUCAUGGAUGCAAACAAUGUUCUUCCCCAAAAACAUAGCAAACAUAGCUAUAGUUAGUUAGCUAACUAUAUAGGUAGGUGCCAUCUAAAAUAACCCUAUUUGAUUAAUGAUGGUCGGACCCAUCUAUGUGAAGCUAGCCACAAUAAAGAUUAGUCACAAUAGUUGACUUUGCGGUUAGCCUUCAGAAUAAUAGUAUGGAAUAAUUCUACUAUUUCUAUUAAUUUGCAUCACUGUCAAUGACAUACUUUUAUUUUGAAGGCAAACCGCAAAUUCCACUUGUGCAUAAUCCUUAUUGUGGCUAGCUUCACAACACAUAACCCAGUCCACAUUUAAGUCAUUUAGCAGUCCAGUCGAGCUUCACUAGCCAGAUGAAGCUACCUGGCUGCUUAUAACGUUAGCUUUGGGCAACAGGCUUAAGUAGCUAUUUAUUUUCAGGAACUGAGGUUCAAUUUCAAUAGGUGAACAACAAGUGGCAACCUAGCUAAUACUUACAAGGAUUCCUAAAUCAUUGCUAAGAAUAAUGAGAAUGACUGCAGUUUCUACUUGUCAUUGUUUUCAGCCUGGUUGUAUUGGUGCUAGCUAGGUACCCCAGAAGUUGCGGUCGAACAAAUGAGGCUUUAUUACAAACGCGGUAUUGUAAACACAUCGUUCGUGGCUGGUGUUUGCUGACUUUUUUGUACAGCUUUCACAGUGCUACUUGUAUAUCUUUUGACAUGCAAAGACCCAAACGGCGUUCCAUAGUAUGUAUGUCUUGAAGGAAAUAGCAGUGACGCUAUUGCUGUGUAACUCCAGUAGGGCAACAUCGGAGAAAUAGAGUACUUGGUAGUGUUAACUGGUGCUCGACCAGUCGGCGAAAGCCAACAUUACCCACGAUAGAGAACGGAUUUCGCCUUUGAGUUGUCUCCCUGAAAUCUUGUUACUCUUUCAAAUGACUGCUUGACUUGUUGAUCCACACAGCAAACAUUCUGGGCUAGUUUAGGAACACUGUGUUGCACGUAUAGCGAAAAAAAUGUAUGUGGAGUCAUUAUGUCAUGUACCUUCGUUAUGUAGGUAGCUAAUAUCGUCCGAUUCCGAUAUGUUCACCGAUAUAUGGUGCAUCCCUAGUUAGGAUAGAUAAAUGCUCGUUUAUAUGUCGCCAUGCACUUCUACUUAAUAUUUAUGCAGCAGUAUGAUAGCUUUUUAAAUGCAAAUACUGGUAAGUAAUGAAUAAUUAACCUGAAGAUAAACAUUUGAAUGCUUCCCUAUUAGGAGUCUGUCACAAGCUGCGCUAGGACAAAUGAACGUGUCAUGUUCCGUACAAUAUGCUUGCCUCUGCGUGCAAGACCUACUUUUGAACUGUUAAAUACAGUAGACUGUAGAGACUUGGACCUUAUCACAGUGCACACGAGAGGAAAGUAUAACUGUACAAUUAAAAAGGGAAAGUCACAAAUACAUAGUUGUUUUUACAGCAUUUAUCAGUAAGCAAAUUGAGGAAACACAAGACUUCUCUUAGUUUUGCCCAGCUGACCAAUUAUUUUUUAUAGAAAGUGGCUAAAUGCUGUUCUGGAGCCUUUUUGUGUCAACAUAUGAGCUGGACCCUGGUGAAAGGAAUAAGCUUAGGCUGAGGGAUUUUGGGAAAUGCCAGAAUAGAUUAAUAUUGGAGCCCCUUCCUCAUAUUUGGGAGGGAGCCAGGUCAGAGGUACGUGACAGAAUUCCCACCUCUGUAAUGGCACAAUAAUGUCCUGCUCGAUAGAGAAUGAGAUCGAGGCUUUUGUGUGUGGUUUGCCCAAUGAUUUGCAUGAGUGAUGUCACUGAUUUCCAUUGCCAUGCUGUCUGUCUCGCACUCAUGGCAGGUUUGCAGUUUGACAUUUAAAAACGUAUCCCGUGUCAUGCUUAUUGUCAAUGCCCCCUCCACAGAACAAUGUUAACUUACAUAUUCACAGUCUUGCCAGGCUGUUUGUAUUGGAACAAAGGGAAAAAGCACACAUUAUACUACACAAGUGCUCUAUAACAUAUACUUUGACAUGGUAGUCACAGUUUUACAUAUGUUAAAGUGUCUUUUUUGACAUCCGUGUCCUUAAAGUAUUUGGAAAAUGAUCUCAGACUUCUUUGGUAGUCACUUGUGUAUUGUCUAUGCCUAGUUAGUAAAUAUCGGUUGGUAUCUAAGGUGCUUAACAUUACACCUGGACACCCAUAGGUUAGAUUGGAUCACUGGAUGGUUUUUGCAUGUUUAAAAAAGUGUUCCAUAAAGACUUAUUGGCAUUUUAUUGCUUUGAAAUGGAUUAAGGAUGUAGGUAAUGUGUCAGUUGUGUGUGUGGAGGGAUUGUUGUACUCAGUUACCACUAUCAUCAGCUGGAUGAUGUGUGUUUUCUUCAUUCAUUUUCUGUGACUUAUCAACUUUUGUCAUUUUGGGAACUAGUAGGGAUACUUAUUGUUUCUAACAGUCUGUGCCACAUACUAAGAGGUUACACCAGGGUAAUGGCUGUAUGCUUGUUUUAGCAAGGCAACAUCAUUUGAACCAUCUACACUUGCUCAAAGACAAAGCCAUAUUUUUUUGCAUGGUUUUCACCAUACUAAGACAAUACAUACUGUUCACGGGUAAAUCUCAAUUGUUUCCCCUAACUAAUGUCGUCACUCGAAUGACAACAUUGAAAAAUGUCACAACUCGCAGUCCAAAGUAAGUUUUGUCACAAGAGCGCAUGAAUUGAAAUCAUCAGUUGUGUUGUUAUGUCUGUGUUACAAAGGGUGAGACACCAGCGUCAUAUCGAAGAAUAUUGCUCGGUUAUGGAGGAAUGAAGACGACUAGAAUGUGUCAAAUUGAAGCAAACUUAAAUGUGAAAUGAAGAUGUUAAUUGUUUGACUAGAAUGUACUUAUAAUUAUUUUAUUUCUGUUUUUAUCUGCCAUUAUUGUAGCAGAUCCAGAAAAACAGGUCCCCAAUUGGAUAAACACACACAUAUGUUAUGGGUGUUUCUCUGCUGUGAUCUUCUCUAGUACUUCAGCAUCCUGGGAUUUAUUUUGUUCGUUAUUGCCUUCUUAUGGGUGAUUGUUAGAGGUUGACGCUUGUUUAAACUGCUGAAGUAUUUUGAAUUCGUUAUCAAGCUUCACCCAUUUUAUAUUUGUUGAUGUUGCGAAUCUCUUCAAAUGAAGGUGAUUGUUUACAAUGAUAUAUUUGGUAAAUACCAGUUUUAUCCCCUCCUAUCACAAACCUCUGGUACAAUUCAAAAACCCUUAUUUUUUUAAUGUGUUAUACACAUUUGUGCUGCUUCAUGAAUAUGAAUGCCUUGUAUUAAGCUAUGGGGAAAUAGAAUGUUGCCAUUUAAAUGUAUGUACACAUAAUGACUGGUUAUCAUUUUGGGAGAACAAAGUAGAUUUGUAAACAACUAUAGUCUGUUAAAACAAUUUGUCGCUAUUAGUAAAUACUCACCAGAAAAAAAGACAUCACUUCAGUUUACAUUUUGUUAAUUGUCAAAUUUUCCAAACGUAAAUUUUUUUUACUCUUGUAUUUUUUUCUUUUGUGGAAAAAAAAAUCAAUAAAUGAAUUGCACAUUU